AGAUCCAUCCCAUUCCAUUCGGGGCUAGGGUUCGGGCGGGGCAUCGCCGGCGACCUCUCCGCACUUCCUCGAUUGGAUCCGCUAGCCCCACCUCACCUCCAUCUCUCAACCCACCUCGCGCGAGCGCCCGGAUGGUGGUGCACAAGCCUCCCGAGGAGGGACAUCCAUCUGAGCCUCACCAGGAGGGAGAUCCAGAUCCACGACCAGAGCAACCCUCCUCUGGCGACUCAGCCGUCUCUGCUCCCAUCAUCAACGCGCCUGACCUCCUCCCCCGCCUCCCCACCGCUUUCGCCGUCGCCAUUGUAAACAUAUAUGGUUACAACCCCUCCCACCGGACCACUGGAUGCCAUGGGCGCCAGCAGGAAGCUGCAGUGUGAGAUCGACCGCGUGCUCAAGAAGGUCGAGGAGGGUGUCGACAUGUUCGACUGCAUCUGGAACAAGUUCUACGACACCGGGAAUGCGAACCAGAAGGAAAAAAUUCGAAGCCGACCUCAAGAAGGAGAUCAAGAAGUUGCAGCGCUACCGAGACGAGAUCAACACCUGGAUCCAAUCUAGUGAGAUCAAAGACAAGAAGCAUGUAUACAUACAGGUAUAUAAGGAGUUGCAGCCUCUUAUCUGCAUACAACUCGUGGGCAGCAACUUCUUCUUUACAUACCAACAAGCCACCUCUGUUGCUUUCCUCCAGCAGUGCGUGCCCCUCCUCUCGAGAUCUUAUCCGAGUUGCUCAGAUCUGGUUGUAAGCAGCCAAGAUGGUGAAGAUCUGCUGCAUCGGAGCUGGCUACGUCGGCGGACCAACAAUGGCUGUCAUUGCCAUCAAGUGCCCAACAAUUGAGGUGAAGUGUGAAUCCAAGUCCGAAGUUGUGAAGCAUAUCAACAAAGAGUAGCAUAUUAUGUGUUGUAAUUGUAGGCAGUAGUAGGCUUAUUUGGGCUGUAGUAUAAUGUAACGAUUGUAAUAGACUAAUGUAGUAUUGUUUUGGACGAAUUCCAUUUGCUCUUUGGAUUGUUCAAAAUAAUGAUUGUGUAUGUGAUUUGAAUAUCCCGGGAACGGUAACCCGGCAAAGGGGUUCUAGUUAUAAUGGUUGUUUGACAUAUUUUGAAA